AUGAGCACAACAUCAAAACCAAAGUCCACCAGUCGAUCGUAUCCUUGGUCUCAGAAAAAUUUGAUUUCUUUUAAUCCUUUCCCUCUGUACGGCCUCUCUGUGAGUGAUCAUGCCGUUCGCGAUGAAUUAUUUAUUUUUGGAGGAUUGACUCAAGGGAAAACCAUCAAUGAUUUGUAUGCCGUAGAAGUCAAUACAAUGAAUAUCACGCAUAUAAUGACUUCAGGAGAGGUUCCUGGUAAAAGAUGUCGUCAUACGCAAUUAGUUUACGAAAAUAACCUAGUCGUUUUCGGUGGCGCAUCCGAAAAGGUUGAAGAUAAAUUGGACGAGGGCAUAUACAUCCUUGACACCGAAUCCAAAACUUGGAGUAAGCCCAUUGUAAACGGUAACGCUCCUAACGGUCUAAUCGGUCAUACUGCCACAACCAUUGGAUCCGUGCUUUAUAUAUUUGGAGGGCAAAAAUUUGGAAAAUAUUAUAAUGAUCUGAUCUGCCUCGAUCUGAAGGCUCUAAAGUUACAAAGAAAAAAGAGUAAAUUUAACAAAUUUUCUUUGGGAAGAAGCCGAGCAAACUCAGUGGCACCUUGUUGGAGUGUUGUUAAUACAAAAGGUGAACAUCCUCCGGUUCGAAGUGGACACACUGCUUGUUCCUAUGAGAAUAAAAUCUAUGUUUUUGGAGGAACCGAUGGUCAUAAAUGCUACAAUGACAUGUGGUGCUAUGAAGAAAAGACAAAAACAUGGUCGAAUUUGUCAUGCAUUGGAUUUUUUCCUGUUCCUCGAGAAAGGCAUGCUGGUGUAAUUGUUGAUGGCGUUAUCUACAUUUUUGGCGGGAUAACACAGAAGGGUGAAGAGCUAAAUGAUUUGGUAGCAUUUAGGAUUGCCAAUCAAAGAUGGUACAGGUUUCCACAAAUGGGACCUUCUCCCAGUGCCAGGUAUGGGUUAUCCAUGUCUGCAGUAAAUGACAAAAUUUUUGUCUUUGGUGGGGAUUCCAAACAAUCGCCGAAGCCAGAUUCGGAAGGUGACAUUCAUAUACUAGACACCGCCAAAAUAAAAUUCCCACCUGGUACCCUACCUGGUAUGCCAACGAUGACACGUCGAGAUUCCUCUUCACUGAGACAGUCGAUCGACUCAUCGAGGUCUGAAAUUUUUCAAGACGAGCCUUCAACAAUACCUAAAAUUUUGGUAUUAGCACCACAAUCAGAAUCGGAGGAAAAUAACGAACAGCUUGUGUCCUCUUAUCAACAACCACCUUCCGAAUCUCGUGGAAAAAUGAAACCCAAUCUUGUGAUCAAGGUACCAUCAAUUGGAGACCUAAAAAAGCAUAUGCCCACAGAUCCUAGUCUUCGAAGUACGUCAACUGAUUCCGAUCAAGAUACCGAUGAAAGGAUUAAAAUAUCACCGCCUCUUGAACUACGAGACGAAAAUGCUUCCACGAAUAUACCUCAGGCUAUAUCAAAAAUAUUUUCGGUGGAUGAGGAUAAUGUGUCGAUGUUAGAUUUAGGAAAAAAAGAUCAUUUGGUGAUGUCACGCCCGCCAGAAAUUGAAUCUGUUAAUAUUGAUAUCGUGGAAACCAAAACUCAGUUAGAUACGAUAAAUGAGGAAACAGAGGAUUCAGAAAACGCCGACUCGGAAGAAGAAUCUGAAUACUCAAGCUCAGAAGAAGAAUAUUCCCAUGAGGAGGAAUUUCAAGAAAAUGAGACGCCUAAUGAGACAGAAAUUCACGUGGAAGGUUCGAACUUGCGAUCAGAUUCGGAGGAAGUCGAUGCUCAAUCUAACGCGGAUAUACCCGCCCAAGACAAUCUCGACGAUGAACAACCCCAUGACCAUCAAGUUUCACCAUUACAAGAUAUUCGCGAGGAUGAAACUCUCGAACAAAGCACGCAUGUCACUUCACACAUAGUAAGUCCGUCUACAUUGGACCGGCCUGGCAUUGGUCGAGUUAAACAUUUAUCUCUUCCCGGCAACCUUGAAAAUUACUCAUUGUCAAAAAGAGGCGAACAUGACUAUGAUGUGUCAUUGUUGAUGAACCGACUCACAAUACAAUCGCCUCUUGUUCCAUCGGUAUCGACACCUGAUAAAGAGAGCUUUAUGUCAUUUCCGGAGUCGGGCACAAGCUCUCCCGAAUUGAAUGUGGAUGAUUCCAGAGUUGACGAAAAAGAAGAACAUGUUAUGGAACUGAAAAAAUAUGAUCAGGAUAUUGAGGAAUACAAACGACGGGAAACAUGGCUCAACGCUGAAUUGGAUUUGGCCAAGAAAUUAGGUUAUGUGGUUGAUCUAAGUUAUAGCGACGAUGUCGAUCUCGAAGUGAUGAUGACCAAUUUCGGAGAACCAGGAAGCGAAAAGUAUAGAGUAAUGCAGUCAAUUGUUAAUAUGAAACAGGAAUUGGCGAAAGCGAAGGAGGUUAUUAAGACGCAAGAACUAGUUGCAUCGGAAAAGGUGAUGGCCGCCGAAAAGGAAAGAACGGCCGCACUAGAAGAGGCCGCACUUUACAAAAGCAAGCUUGACGAGUUUGAAUCCUCGCACAAGGGUAAACAUGAUGAAUUUGAAUCCCCUGGACUGGAAACCAGUUCUCAAGAAUCAGAAAAAAUCAAGAAACUCGAGUCUCAAUUAGCUCAAGUACUCAAAGAGAACAAAUUACUAUCAAAUCAGUUACUCAGGUAUUACAAGAAAACUGAAAAGGAAAGAACGAAAGCGCAAUCGUACCAAGAACGCGAAAAUUUUGAAAACGUGCGAACGGAAACGUCCAAUGAAUCUCGAGAACAAGUGCUUCCGGAGUUGGAAAAAUUAAGGGCACGCGUGGUGAAUUCUGAAGCUCAAUUGGAAGACAGCAACAAUCGAUUGUCAAAAAUGGACUCGGAAUUACAAAAACACAAGGAAGAUUCCAGAGUACAGGUAUCACAUCUAAAAGAGUCCCUUGAACGAUAUCACAUAAUAUUUGAGCAAAUUAAUACCUCAAUAAACGUCACGAACGAGAGGCACGAUAGAUUAGAAAAAUUAUUGAAAAAACUAAGAAAUAAGAAAAUUAAAUAUGAAGCAGAGGUCGCAGAAUUGAAAGUUGAACUGAACAUAAAACAGGGCGAAGUGGCGCAAGUCGAGGAUAAAAUUAAGGAGAUGGAAAAAUUGUUGGAAAAUAUCCAGGAUGAAGGGAGGAUAUUGAGAUUGAUGAUGCAAGAAGGUAUAAAGGAAUUGUUGAAUAUUAAUAUAGGGGGCAACAAGGAAGGAAACAUUUGGCAGACUAUGAGAGUGAAGCAACUCGAAGAGGAGCUGAAACAAUUGAAAAGUUUGCAAGAUGAAAAUGGUGUCUAG